CCGGCUGUGCCGAUGCUGCCCAUGGGCUGCGGCCGAAGGGCGGCGGYGGCGCUGAGGGCGGCGCUGGGCGAGGGCGCGGAGCGGCGGCGGGAGCUGGAGCGGCGGGCGGCGCGGAGCAGGGCUCUCUUGCGGCGCUGGGAUGAUGAGGAAGAGGAGCAGCCGCAGCCUGGCUCCAGCACUGAACAUGAGGACAGGCCCUCACCUAAGGAGCUGGAGGAGCUGGAACUGCUGAACAGGGCCUUAGAGAAGGCACUGAAAGUCAGGAAAAGCAUUUUGAAGACUCCGAUAGAGGCUCAGGGAGCCACAGGACAGAAAUGGGCAGGUGAYGGACCUGAUCCCAAGAAAGCUGAAGAGCAUCAGGUACCUGCUCCCAAGAAUGCUGAAGAGCAGCAGGUGGCUGUACCUGUUGAGGAUGUUCCUGAGAGCAAAAARGUGAGAGCUGGAAGCAAAAAGCCUUCAUUGCUGAAGAAGCCCUCUCUGUAUCAGUUAAGAGCCCCUUAUAGGACUGACCCAGAUGUGAAGAAACUGCAAAGGAAAGCCCCAGCCAGGUGUGUUUCUCAAGGCCCCAGGACAGCUGGGAAGAUCUCCUCAAAAGGUGUGACUACCAAACAAGGAAGGAGUCACAGGACAGCAGCUGGUGCCAGUGCCAGAGAGGUCUGUGCUGCAACUGAACCCCAGGACACACCUGGCUUGUCUGAGUCUGUCCCAAAUGAGCAGCAAAGCUUUUCUGGAGGUGCUGGGGAAAAAAACUCCAUAGCUGCUGGCAAGCAGUUACUUGAUGCAGGAAAGAAAAGUUCAGGUUUCCWGGGAGAGUCCAGCAAAAAGGAGGACACUGCAGGUGCAUGGGGAAGGAGCAUCUCAGCUGGGACAGGCACCCUGCAGGAAAAGGGAUGCCAUCUGAAGCUCCCCCUUCCCUACAGGAAASCCUAUUCCAGGAACUCCAGGGCAUGGGAGAGAUGUCGUCUGUGCCAAACAAGUGCAGAUGCAGCAGCUGCAAGAACCCGUUUUGUGGAGAAGAUCCAGACAACUUUUUGCUCCCUGAAGCUGACCCCCAGUCCUGCAGAGAUAGAGGAAGAUUUAAGGGACCUCCAGGAUAUCCCUUCCCGUCUGAGGCAGUAUGUGGAAGCUGAGCCUGCAGACCCUCCCACUCUGCAAGGAGAGUAUGAAAGCCUUCUCACCUUGGAGGGUUUGCAAACCACAGUGUCCCAGUGCCUGCAGAAGCUGCAGCAGCUGCGAGCAGCUCUGGAGUCCCAGCUGAGGCUSCGCCCAGACUGCACAGGGGAUGUGGGGAGCUGUUCUCCAGCCUGUGCUUCUGCCAGGGGACAGACAUGUAACAGUGUAGACAUGCUGGCUGUCCCUCUCCUCUGUUACUCCAGUCUGCAGGAGCUGAGUGAUCUGUUUGCCUUGAAGCUGCAAGUGUCAAUGCUGCACCAAGAAAUUGCCUUACAAAAGGUGAUGAUGGCAGAGCUGCUGCCUGUGCUGGAGCCCAGGCUGUCCCGGGAGGGCUCUGCAGGGUUGUUCCGUGCCAUCCACACUCAGCUCUGUGAGGGCAGCCGACGCUUUCCUGUGCUGGUGAGAGACGAGCUGCUGGACUGAGCUGGAGAGCUUCCUGCCAGUCCUGCACAGAGCCAGGWCAGCUCUGAGCAAUAAAUCUUUCCUAUGAACCUUUUUACUCUGACUGAUUGCUCAGCUAAAUUCCAGGGGGUUGCUUUUUUUUAUAGGCUUCUUUUUUAAUUUAAAAUUUCCUUUUGUAUCAGGAGGAAAAUAAGAAGGGACUAGAGCCCUUCUGCUCUGGAGCCAGGCUGAGAGAAGUGAGGGUGUUCACCCGAAGAAGAAAAGGCCCCAGGGAGACCCUAGAGCCCCUUCCAGUGUCUAAAGGAGUUCCAAGAGAUCUGGAGAGGGACUGGGGACAAGGCUCUGGAGUGACAGGACAAGGAGAAAUGGCUUCCCACUGCCAGAGGGCAGGGGUUAGAUGGGAUCCUGGGAAAAAAAUAUUUCCUGUGAGGGUGGGAAGGACCUGGCACAGGGUGCCCAGAG